AUGGACGCACCAACCCUCCAGCCCAAGUUCUUGCCCUCUCGCAAUGAAUUGGGCCUUGUUGCUGUAGGCUUCUGCGGAGGCCAGGGCAAGUCCGGUGUCGAUGCUGCCCCCAUGGCCUUGAUUGAGUCCGGUCUCGUCGAACAGCUGAGAGAUGAGCUCGAGUUCAACGUGCACUACGACGGAGAGGUGCACCAAUACUCCGAUAUCAUGCCCAAGGAGGACCCCGACUACCGCGGCAUGAAGAACCCUCGCGCCGUCAGUGCCGUUACCCAGCGUCUCAGCGAGCAGGUCUACGAGCACGCUCGCCAGGGCCGCUUUGUCCUGACUCUCGGCGGCGACCACUCGAUCGCCAUUGGCACCAUUUCCGGCACAGCAAAGGCCAUUAGAGAAAGAACUGGCAGAGAGAUGGCCGUCAUCUGGGUCGAUGCACACGCCGACAUCAACACUCCCGAGACAUCGGACAGUGGAAACAUUCACGGCAUGCCCGUUGCUUUCUUGACCGGCUUGGCCAAGGAAGACAAGGAGGACUGCUUCGGUUGGAUCAAGGACGACCAGCGCGUCAGCGUCAAGAAGCUCGUCUACAUCGGUCUGAGAGACAUUGACCGCGGCGAGAAGAAGAUUCUGCGUGAGCACAACAUUAAGGCCUUCUCUAUGCACGACAUCGACAGAUACGGUAUUGGCAAGGUCAUGGACAUGGCUCUUGGCUGGAUUGGUAGCGACACUCCCAUCCACUUGUCCUUCGACAUUGACUCGCUCGACCCCAUGUGGGCACCCAGCACUGGCACUCCCGUCCGUGGUGGUUUGACUUUGCGCGAGGGUGAUUUCAUCGCCGAGUGCGUACACGAGACUGGCAGCCUUGUUGCCCUGGACUUGGUCGAGGUCAACCCUAGCCUCGAGUCCCACGGUGCUAGCGAGACCGUCCGUGCCGGUAUCUCUAUUGUCCGUUGCGGUCUUGGUGACACUCUGCUAUAG